AUGGCAUCUGCCUCGAAAAGAGGUCUCUGCUGGCCCACAGAUAACGUCGAUGCGGCCUUCACCUUCACCAAACCCGGCUCCAAGAUCUCCUGGCUAUACAACUGGUCUCCCCAACCGACGCCCGACGCCAGAUCUCUCGACUUCGUCCCCAUGCAAUGGAAUCAUGUCGACAUUGACAACUUGCCCACAAAGGUGAGAAAUUGCCACGCCACGGCCGUGCUGGGCUUCAACGAGCCCGAGUUGCCGGAUCAGUCGAACUUGACGAGCGCACUCGCCGCACGGGAAUGGAUUCGGUGUUUUGAACCGCUGCGGCGAGCGGGCAUUCGCUGCGGCAGUCCAGGCAUUUCUUCCGCGCCGCAGGGCGUCGUCUGGCUGCAGGACUUCUUGCGCCAGAUCCGCGCGGGGGGCAGCGACGUGGACUUCUACUGCCUGCAUUGGUAUGGGGAGACGCUGGGGCAGUUUUACGACUACAUUUGGAGCACGUACCAUCAGCUAGGACCCAACAAGCCUGUCUGGAUCACGGAAUUUGCAACCACCAACUGGAACAAAGACAGCCCGAUGCCUCGCGAACACGUCGAAAGUUUCGCGAGAGAAAGCGUGAAAUAUCUGGACACGCUGGAUUGGGUGGAGCGAUAUGCUUGGUUUGGGGCCAUGAGAGACGCUGGGACUGUGGGAAGAUGGGCACGCAUGUUGGACGAUGAAGGCAAAUUGACGCCAUUGGGAAAGGCGUACAGGGAUGGAUGA